CGGGGCGGGAGCCGCGGGAGGUGAGGUGCUGCCGGCGGAGGGUCCCGCCGCGGGCUGAAGAAAAAUGUCUUCCUUGAGUGGAAAGGCACAAACUGUGCUGGGCCUGGUGGAGCCGGAGCAGCUCGGCUGUACGUUGACACAUGAGCACUUGUCCAUGGACUACAGCAGCUUCUUCUGUCCACCUUCACCAGGCCAGGAGCCUUUGUCUGAGGGGCCCAUCAAGAUGAAGAAUUUGUUUUGGAUCAAGCAGAAUCCCUACAGCCAUAAAGACAACCUUCUUCUGUGUCAGGAGGUGGAUGCCGUGAGGGAGGAGCUGCUGCAUUUUAAAGCAGCAGGUGGUGGAACUAUUGUGGAGAACACGACCACGGGAAUCCGUCGGGAUAUGAAGACUUUGAAGAAACUCGCUGAAGAAACUGGAGUUCAUAUUAUUGCUGGGGCUGGGUUUUACGUGGAUUCCACACAUUCUUCUCAAACACAGGCUAUGACAGUGGAGCAGCUCACAGGCAUCAUUGUUGAUGAGAUCCUCCACGGAGCAGAUGGGACCGACAUCAGGUGUGGUGUGGUGGGAGAGAUCGGCUGCUCCUGGCCCAUGACUGCAAGCGAGCGCAGGGUGCUGCAGGCGGCUGCACACGCACAGGCACAGAUCGGGUGCCCCAUCAUCAUCCACCCUGGCAGGCACAGCGAUGCACCCUUCCAAAUAGUUCGCAUCCUGCAGGAAGCUGGGGCUGACACUUCCAAAACAGUCAUGUCUCACCUCGACAGGAGCAUAUUUGAUACAAAGAAACUUCUGGAAUUUGCUAAACUUGGAUGCUACUUGGAGUAUGACCUAUUUGGUACAGAAUUUAUCUAUUACCACUUCCAACCUGACAUUGACAUGCCAAGUGACAAUGACAGAAUUGCAAGGAUUCGUAUGCUGAUCGAUGAAGGCUAUGAAGACAGAAUUCUGAUGGCUCAUGAUGUGCACACGAAGAAUAGGUUGAUGAAAUACGGAGGUCAUGGAUAUUCACAUAUCCUCAAAAACAUUGUUCCUAAAAUGCUGAUUAGAGGCAUAUCCCAGGAUAAAAUUGAUAAAAUACUGAUAGAAAAUCCAAAGCGGUGGUUGACUUUUAAGUAAGAAUAGUGAAUUAAUAUCCCUACCUUAUAGGGAAGAUUGAUACAAUUCAGACGUGAUUUAGGAGAGCAGCCAUUUAAAUACGUGCUUCUUUUCAGAGAUCCAGAAGGCAUUAGUGCUAUGAACAACCUGAUUAUGACUUUUUAAUUAGACCACCAAAAUUACUUAUUUUCUCUGUAUUUCCUCCCUUCUAAAAGUCCAUUUGUGAAUGAUUUGCUGGAUAUGCACCUAUCUGCAAAAUCUUUUCAGUGUAUUAAAAUAACUGUUACCAAAGAGUCAUCUCAUAUUAUUAUUACAUUCUCCAAAAAUAUUUUUGAAGAAGCAUCAUCUGGGCUUUGAAAGAAAUUACAGUUUUCAAUUAAAUUCCCCUUCUCCAGGGUGUGAUUUUAAUUCGUGUAAUAUUGAUAAUCUGCUAAUUAUCCUUUAUUAAGCACUAUUUAAAUGAUAUAAGGUCUGCCACUUUUAAAUCACUUCCAAAGAGAACAGAGGGCUAAAUUUCAAAUAAUUCUAAAAAGAUGCUGUUUUUUUCUACUUGAACAAUUUACUUAUUUCUGACUGAAACUGGAAGAAAAAAUACAUGACAAAUAUUAUUUUUUAAUAAAGCAAUUUGUAGACUCCUGUAUGUAGUAGCGUCACGGAUUUCUUUUUUAAACAUUAAUUUGUCGUCUUGAAUUUAUGGAACCUCUCACUGAUCACAUGUAAGUGCAUACAGACCAUCGGCUUUUUGUAAGGAUGCAACACCAAAAGUCAAAAUAUAUUACAUAAUAUGGUUUUAAUGAGUUGCAAUAGUUAUAACAAAGUUGUGAUAUAAGUCUUUACAAAUCAGUAUAUCAAGAUAUGAUGAAAAAGGAAUAAAUGUUUGCCUUAUAUGUGUUUUUCACAUGAAGUGUGUUCUUUCCUCUUGUCUAUCUUUUACCAAGCAAUUUAUCCAAAAAAAAAGGUAGUAGUGGUAGCCUGAUUUCAAAAGCUUCUUCAGAUUUGACCUAAUAUGUCUUGCAGUGCUGAAGUUUUCCCAUAAACACCUCAGUAAAUAUGCAUUGCUAGUUGCAAAUGAUUUCUAGCUUGUUACGUUACUGCUUGAUACCACACAGACAACCUCUACUGCACUGCUGGCAGUGUGCUAAAAGUGAUAAAAGCAAUCCUGGAUUGAACAGACAAGAAGUCAACUACACAUCUGCUACUGCAAUGCGUGACGUAGUAGUAGGAAACCAGGAGUGAUCCCUGCCAUGUACACAUACAGUCAGGAGUGAUCCCUGCCAUGUACACACAGCUCAGCGCUGUGUUGUAGCCCAAAAGCAUAACCAAUCUGAUGAGACACAAGCAGUCUGCAACUCACUGUCUCUCUGUAACACCUAGAUGAAUGAUGCCAGCCAUCCUCUUAGCCUGGGCCAUCUCAGUGUAUUUUUUGACAACUCAAACCAGAAACAGAAUGAGAACUGUGCUCUGUUUAAAA